AGUUCACGCAAUUCCGUCGCUGUGGUACGACACGGAAAGUUUUCCACUCGGUGUGUGUGUUGUAGACGUGCAAAAGUGAUUUGACACAAUUGUCAGUGCCACUUUCGGGGCCCUGGAGUGCGAAAGGGAGGCGACAUUUCAGUGCUAAGAGUCCCCCGAGUGUGCUCAAGUGCGUGUCCUGCAGUGCAGUGCAGAAGGAUUUCAGGGGUUUGCAGAGCUCGUGGAAAAUUUCUCCCGCAACGCAUAAUAAAAUGGCGCACAAGAGUGGCCAGACGCGAUACACAAUUGCUGAUGAUGUUUAGGGACCAGAAAGUGCCAUUGGACUAGCAAUUGCCGCAUGUGAGGAUAUUUCCGCGUGUGUAUGAUAAAGGGAGGAAAGUAUUUCUGCACUGAACGGUGAACUUGCGGAGUGAAUUGACGGAUUCCCCGGUGGAAUUGACUGCACCGGAAGGCCUUCGUCGAGAGUCAAGUCCUGAGAGACAGAGGCACAGCGUUGGUGAGAAUAGUGACGUGGGCAGGAGUGUGAGCGCGGCAGCAUGAUCGAUCCCAGCUCGUCGGAGGAGGAGAGUGAUGAGGAGCAGACGGGAGGCGGCAAGGGAUCUCAUCAGACGCUGAAGCACCAUCCGCCGGCGAAGCACGGCGCCCACAUCGGUGCACCGGGCGGUCUGAAACGUCACGGCUCCAGCAGCAGUGCCAAGCAGCCGCAGGAGUUGCUUCAUGGUGGCAGCGCGAUUUCCGGCGGCUCGGCGACGCCCGUCCACCAUGGCCACGGUGCCUCUAAAGAUACCCAUCACGGCCACAGCGGCCAUCUGUCCCACGCCGGCAGUGACACUUCUGGGAGCCUUGAUGUGCCCUCAUCGUCGAUGCCAAGAACGCUCUCGCCAUCUGCAUCGAGCGCAGCCAGCCAGGAGACGCUGAAUCAGAGCAUGGGACCGUCUUCUAGGACGAGUUCCCUGGCCAGGCCGCAGUCCCCAUCCCCGUCAGUCGUCAGCGAACGGAACGAAGCUGAUAUUGCUGAACGCCACGAACGUGAGGAGGAGGAGAGAAAGCGACGCAUUCAACUGUACGUGUUCGUGUCACGAUGUAUUGCAUAUCCCUUCAACGCGAAGCAACCGACAGAUAUGACAAGGCGCCAGAUAAAGAUCACGAAGCAUCAAUUGGAGACAAUAACUGCGCGCUUUGUGGCAUUCAUGAAGGGUGAGACGCAGAUAAUGGCCGACGAGGCAUUCCAGAAUGCUGUACAAAGUUACCACGAUGUCUUCUUGAAGUCGGAGCGUGUUCAAAAGAUGGUGCAAUCGGGUGCAUGCUCGCAGCAUGACUUUCGCGAGGUGUUCCGAAAUAAUAUUGAGAAGCGUGUGCGUUCACUGCCGGAAAUCGAUGGGCUGAGCAAGGAGACCGUCCUGACAUCGUGGAUGGCAAAGUUCGAUUGCAUCCUGAAGGGCACUGGCGAUGAGGACACGAAGCGCCCCACGAGAAUGCAGCAACCGCUCAACAGUGAGUUGAUUCUGUCAAAGGAGCAGCUCUACGACAUGUUUCAGCAGAUUCUCGGCGUGAAGAAGUUCGAGCAUCAAAUCCUCUUCAAUGCACUAAUGCUGGACUCUGCGGAUGAACAGGCGGCGGCCAUAAGGCGAGAGCUCGAUGGACGGAUGCAGCGUGUGUCCGAGAUGGAGCGCAAUCGGAAGUUGAUGCCAAAGUUUGUGCUGAAAGAAAUGGAGUCGCUGUACAUCGAAGAGUUGAAAUCAUCGAUAAACCUGCUGAUGGCAAAUCUCGAGUCGCUGCCGGUGUCGAAGGGCUCAAUGGAUUCCAAAUACGGUCUACAGAAGCUGAAGCGCUACAAUCACAGAAAAAUGAUACUCAGGUCACAGGGAUCGCUGGCCAAAUUGGAGGGCGACUCUGCCGAUGGAGACACACAGCUAACGAAGAUGGAUGUGGUGCUCACAUUUCAACUGGAAGUCGUCGUGAUGGAGGUGAAGGGCCUCAAGUCCUUGGCUCCCAAUCGGAUUGUCUACUGCACUAUGGAAGUGGAGAGUGAGAAAUUGCAGACGGACCAGGCGGAAGCGUCCAAGCCCAUGUGGGACACGCAGGGUGACUUCUCCACCACUCACCCUCUGCCGGCCGUCAAGGUGAAGCUGUACACAGAGAAUCCGGGAAUGUUGGCGCUGGAGGACAAGGAAUUAGGUAAGGUAAUCCUGAGGCCCACACCGCUCUCCUCCAAAUCACCGGAAUGGCACAGGAUGACCGUGCCGAAGAAUCUGCCCGACCAGGAUUUGCGCAUCAAAAUCGCCUGUCGCAUGGAUAAACCACUCAAUAUGAAACACUGUGGCCACUUGUUUGCAAUCGGUAAGUCAGUGUGGAAGAAAUGGAAGAAGCGCUACUUCGUGCUGGUGCAGGUGUCCCAGUACACGUUCGCCAUGUGCAGCUACAAGGAGAAGAAGUCGGAGCCGUCCGAGAUGAUGCAGCUGGACGCGUACACUGUGGACUACAUCGAGGCGGCAAGUGCCCGAUCGGUUGCAGCCAAUCUGAUGGUGGGUGUGGACCUGGAGGGUGGCAGGUACUUUUUCAAUGCCGUGCGCGAGGGCGACAGCAUCCUGUUUGCAUGUGACGAUGAGAAUGAGUGCAGUCUGUGGGUGAUGGCAAUGUAUCGGGCCACCGGGCAGUCGCACAAGCCCACGCCGCCAAUGACGCAGGACAAGAACUCGACGAUCUCGAAGCUCCAGGGGGACGCCGACAAGGCGCGCAAGCACGGCAUGGAGGACUUCAUUAGCGCCGACCCAUGCACAUUCGAUCAUCACAGUCUGUUUGCGUUGCUCCAGAACUUGACGCUGGACUUCAGGCUCAACGAUCCGUAUGCGUCUCUGGGAUGGUUCAGUCCAGGCCAAGUGUUCGUCUUGGAUGAAUACUGCGCUCGGUACGGGGUGCGCGGCUGCUAUCGGCACCUGUGCUACCUCUCCGAUUUACUGGACCGGGCCGAACGGAAUAUGAUGAUCGAUCCCACCCUCAUUCACUACUCAUUUGCCUUCUGUGCCAGUCACGUGCACGGGAAUCGACCCGACGGCGUGGGCAGUAUCACUCACGUGGAGAAGGAGAAAUUCCAGGAGAUCAAGGAGCGCCUUCGCGUGCUGCUGGAGUAUCAGAUCACGAAUUUCCGGUUCUGCUUUCCAUUUGGGCGGCCGGAGGGUGCCUUGAAGGCGACGCUCUCGCUGUUGGAGCGCGUCCUCAUGAAGGACAUUGUGACACCGGUGCCGCCCGAGGAGGUGCGCGCCAUGAUCAAGAAGAGCCUCGAGACCGCGGCCCUCGUCAACUACACACGCCUCUCCAACGAGGCCAAGAUCGAAGGCACGACAGAACAGACUGGGGUUAUCACGAACAUCGAUGAUUUACGCGGCGAAGUGAUUGUUCCGCCGGCGAAGAAACUGGAAGAUUUAAUCCAUUUAGCUGAGCUGUGCGUGGAUCUUCUGCAGCAAAAUGAAGAACACUACGCGGAGUUGCGAAAAACUGACGCUCCAGCUGGUGACCAGCAACAGCCCGUCCCACCAGAUGGGACUGCCACAUCUUCCGCUGCCACUCCUAGUACUAGUACUACAGCUCCUUCUACAGCUUCUACUUCUACGGCCAAAAACACGAAAAACACGACCACGACCCCGUAUCGAUAUUGCAUGCCAACGCAUGCUGUCUACACUUUUCCGGCUCCAACGGCGUUCGCCUGGUUCUCGGACCUGCUAGUGGAGCAUGCGGAGAUCUUCUGGUCACUGUUCGCCGUGGACAUGGACAGGGUGCUGUCGGAGCAGGCGCCGGACACGUGGGACUCCUUCCCGCUGUUCCAGAUCCUCAACGACUACCUGAGGACGGACGACAACCUGAAGAACGGCCGCUUCCACCAGCACCUUCGCGACACGUUCGCGCCGCUGGUGGUGCGCUAUGUGGACCUCAUGGAGUCCUCCAUUGCUCAAUCCAUCCACAAGGGGUUCGAGAAGGAGCGCUGGGAGAGUAAAGGUGAUUCCUCCAUCAGCAACGGCUGUGCAACAUCAGAAGAUCUUUUUUGGAAGUUGGACGCUUUGCAGUCCUUCAUUCGCGACCUCCACUGGCCGGACGCCGAGUUCCGCCAGCACUUGGAGCAGCGCCUGAAGUUGAUGGCCUGCGACAUGAUUGAGUCGUGCAUUCAGCGCACCGAGGGUGCCUUCCAGCAGUGGCUCAAGAAGAGUGUCACCUUCAUCUCAACUGAUUACAUCAUGCCGUCAGAGAUGUGCGCCAUGGUGAAUGUGAUUCUCGACGCAAAGAAUCAGUCCUUCAAAUUGUGCACCAUCGACGGAAUCGAUGUGCAUCAGUAUCACGCGAAAAUUGAUGAUCAAAUUGAUAAGACGCUGGCAGCAAUGAAUCAGGGGAUAAUCAGCAAAUUGAUGUCCGUGCUGGAGGCGUCCUUGUCCAAGCUCUCGCGAUAUGACGAGGGUAGCCUGAUUGGCAGCAUCCUCAGCUUCACGAAUGUGUCGGGCUCGGGCAAGGAUCUGGGCCAAGGCUAUGUGAACUUCACGCGCAACAACAUGGACCAGAUCCGCGGCAAGGUGAACGACGAGCUGUGGAUCCUCAACAUCUUCGAGCAAUGGUACACGGCGCAGAUCAACAUGCUGUGCAACUGGCUGUCAGAGCGUCUGGAUCACUCGCUGCACUACUAUCAGUGCACCUGCCUCGCCCACAUCGUCAAGAAAAUCUACUCAGACUUCGAGCUGCAGGGCGUGAUGGAGGAUAAACUCAACUCCAAGGCAUAUCAGACCGUGUCGCAGCGCAUGCAAACUGAGGAAGCCACCUGUGCCCUGACCGCUCCAGACGGCGAAGCAGAGGGCUUCGGCGACGGCGACGAAGAGGGCGAGCGACCAAAGGCCAAAGUGAACAUCUUGGAGACGCUGAGCGGAGAGGACGGGAAUUUGUCAAAUAUCUCAAAUGUUAAGAAUAUUGUGGUUGGCCGCGUGGGAAAUAUCUUUGGCAAAGGCAUUGGCGGACUCAGCACUAAAUUCGGUGGUGGCAGUUGGUUCUAAGAAGGGAAGUAACACAACACUAAUACAAUGUUUCUCUUUCCUUGACACAUUCCAGGUUUUGGAAAUCAAUAAGACAAAACACAAGAGUUCACAAUGCAAACAGACAUGAGAUUACAAGGUCUUAUUUUCCAUAGUGAUUUUUCUCCGUAUAGAUUUAGAGAGCAAGUUUUGUAGAGUCAAGAUUGAGUGAGAGGGGGAAUUGAAAGCAUUACAACCCUCUCUUUGGGGAGAUUUAACACUGUAUUUACAUGAAUUAUUCUUUGUCAAACACGUUAAAAAUUUCUAUAUGGAGAGUAACAUUCUUUAACCAAGGAAAUAGACAUCUUUUAGAGUUCAACACUUGUAACCAUUGUUCAAUGGUAUGUCACGCCAAGCGAAUGGAGUUUUGCCAUGAAUGAAAGUGGGUUUUGAGAGUGUUUGUAGAGGUGGAGAAAGUGAAAUUUCUGUUGGGACAAGUGGAGAUUUAGGAAAAAGUGUCGCUAGUAGAUUAACUCUAAUCAAUACCAAAUUCCAAGAGAAUAUUACUCAAAUUUAAAAAUACAUAAAUUUCAAAUGAAUUAUUAACUUUAUAAUCUCCCUUACUUAAAAAUGAGAGAAGAAGAUGAUGAAGAAUCUUGCAAGAUCAAGGAUGGACAUUACAUUUAUCUAAUAUCUAUUUGCUAAUUAUUGCUAUUGACACUAAUAAGAAAAAAAAAUUCGUGAAUAUGACAACGUGUGUAUAAAAAAAACUCUUUAACGACAAUUGACAACAAUUCAAGUUAUAUUUUAUCUUCACAGAGAACAUUCGUAAAGCGUUUUUUGCGUGAUUGUAUCGCAAUUUGAAAAAAGUGUAAUGAAAAAUGAAAUAUUUUCAAUCUAUUGAUUAAACAUGCAAAAAAUGAAUCUAAAACUUUUAAUCGUUAUGAUAAAUUUUGCAUAUACUUGAAAGAAAAUCUUUUACUGAGGCUAAGCGAGAGCGCACUAGAAAAUUUACAAAAAAAACCUAAAUAUAUUCUCUAAAUAAAAUAUUUAUGUAUAAAAAAAUACCUAUUGGACAAACUGUAUGCAAAUUCAGUGAGUUUUAUUGCAAAAUUUCUGUGUCUCUGAGUUUGUGGAGUUAUUGAGAAAAAAAAGUGAGAAAAAAUAUAGAGAAGAAGAUUAAAAAGAAAAAGAAAGCGUGAGAUAUUUUUCUGUGUUUUUAGACGAGUCACAAGGAUUUUUAAACCAAUGAUAAACAUACAAAAAAGAAGAAAAAAUGGACUGCAUUGUUAAAAUAAGUGGGAGAUGGCAUAAAUGAUAACAACAAAAGUAUAUAUUUAAAAAAAAUUGCUAGGUAUUUCUAUUGGACGGUAAGUGAAUAUGGGCGUGAAAAUGGACGGAGUUUAAAUUAAACCUGAGUGUAAAAAUUAAAAUUGACAAAAAGUUUGCUUAAAAGUAGGUAGGAAUUCAUCUAAAUAGCAGAAGAAAUAUUUUAUUGACUCUCAAUAGAGACACACAAGAAGUUGAAGACGGUGCAGUAAAAGUGGCGAAAAGUUUUCUGCCAGAAGGAAAUGGAAAAGAGUGGAAAAUUUCCCGGGAAAAGGUGUGAGAGAAAACAGUGGAAAGUUCAAUUCGACCGAGUGAGAGAGUUUCUUAGUAACAAUCAAUAAUAGAACUUAUACGAAUAAAUGUUUCAUGUUCUAACACGGGACAAGAAGAACUUUAAUAGCAGGAGAUGUGAAUAAAAAUGAAUUUGUGGCAUUUGUAAAGAUAAAUUGUGGGAUGAUUUUUGGAAGGAGUGCGCAAAAGUGAAAGAUGGCAGGUUAAAUUACAGAAUUUUCUCAAAGAGUAAAAACUCUUUCGGUACAUGUUGCAAUUUUUCUCCUUCUAAUGUUGAUAAAGAUCCAAACGGAAAAUUCUUGUCUUGUUAUUUCUCGCGCUGUCUUGCGAGGCAACUUUUCGAAGUUCAUAUUAUAAAUGUGGUUUUUGCGAGUGAAUUUAACACUUCCGCGCUCAUAAUUUCUUGUUAGUCAUCUUCAACUGUCGGGUUUUGCUGGUUGCGGUGGAGUGAGGCUUUUGCGACUAACAUGAUUAAUCGCUCUCCUAAUUUUUUCUUGAGCUUGUGAAAUGGAAUAUUCCGCAUAUAAUCUCACUCCACUGAGUGCAAUUUAUUUGCAAAUGAAAUCAAUUUCCUUCGAGAUGGAAUAUAUCGUCACUCACUCGUCUUUCACGCCAUUUCCUCUUCCACAACCCAUUAAUUGGUCACUUCUCAAAUUCUGUAAUCACACGUACAAGAGUUUACAGUGAUCCAAAAAGACAUGAGACAGCAUUUCAGAUAAGACACUCUUUUCUUCAUCGUUUGACAAAGGCAAAGAAGAACACAGAGAAACUUGAUCGGUGGCAUAUCGAAGUAAUGUGAGCUAAUGAGAGUUGCAGGGUGAAAUUAUUGCUAAAGAAGCAUCAACAAAGUAUAUAUAAAUAUAACUACUGGGUUUGGCGUGUCCAACACAAUCACUCUGAAUGACUGGUUUUUCCCUUAUUCUGCAAAUCCACAAGUUUUCACUUCAAUUGCCCUUCAGACGGCCACUUCUCGGUGAGAUGCUAUCAUCCAAAUUAUCACCCCUUAACCAUACAUAGAGAAAAAGGAAGCUUUUUUGGCAGCAUCUCAGGGGAUGGUUAAAAAAUCGAUUUACAUUUUACGUGCAAGUAUAAAUUGGACCUUUCUUCGCGUCCUUUUCUCUUUCACGCUUGCGAUACACUUGUGUCCGGGAAAAUGUACCAGAUUGGCGUUGAAAAGAAAAUUCUUCAGUUAAAAAUUAUUGUUUGGUCACUGAAAAGUUGAAAGAUUGAUUAUACUUUUUACUGAUAAAGGAGCAAAACCUUAAAACAUUGCUUAAAUGCUUUUCACAUUGUGUUUAAAAUCAAUCUCUUACUUUAAUCUUGAUUUGCACAAAGUUUUAACAUUGUCAGACGAGAUUGAAUUGACAUUUCCUUUGGAAUUUUGUGUAUUAUUUCUCUGGAUGCAAUUGUAGAGCGUGUGGAAAAUCCGUGGGAUUACAAUUUUCCACCGAGAAAUGGUUGCACAGAGUGAAGGGAUUCAGGAAUUUAUCUCUUUCUUUUCCUCCUGCUAAUUUCCUCUGAAAUGGAUUUAUCUUAUUUGCGCAACAAUUUAAGUGAGAAAAAGGUUUGCAGGUUGUAUUUGAAGCACUCUCUCUCCAAAGGACAAAUAAAUAAUAUGAUUUACACAAUCUCACCGCAGUGUUUCAAAUACAACGAUCCAAUUAUUUUGCCUCCUCUUUUCGAUUAAUCUGAUUUCUCUGCAGGAUAAUAUGUAUACACAAACACUUGUAUUGGCGUUAUAAGCGUAGUAAGAGUGCACCGUAUGAAUAAACUAGAAUGGCAAUCAGUAAAAUGUAAUAAUGGUAUAAACUAAAUAGAAAUAUUAACUACGAGUCGGCAUAAAGGUACAUAAAUAACCCAAUAAUAGAGAGAAAGGAAGUUAUAUUGUAAUAAUGGGAACAGUCAUUAUGAAUAGAUUUUACUACAGAGACACAAAACAGAAAUAAUAAUCUUGCUAAAGAAAGCCACAGAGUUGAACCGUAUUCUAAUAUUACUAAGUAUUGUAAUGUGUAUGUUAAUAUUGUAAUAUGUAUAAAAAAAAUACAAUCAGAUGCAAGUGAAAAGAGAGCUGGAUAAACAUAUAAAAGACAUUUUGGACUUAUUAAUUGCGAAUUGUAAACUUUGUAAGCGUAGAGCAAAACUUAUUUUUCUAAACCGUUUUUUAAUCAUUGAACAAAUAUCGAUGGUGAAGGAAAUAUUUCUGCGCGCGCGAUGAUUAAAAAAAAAUAUGCAGCUAAUGGCAGCCCAAACCCAGUAUAUUUUCAUAUAAAGAAAGCGGAGGAAGAGUUAUAAAUAAGGAGGAGAAAUUGUGGGAAAGCUAAAACACGGAUACGAUAUGAAGAUACGACGUGGUGAAAAAUAAUGAAAAUGAAUGUACAGCAAAAACACACAUUUAUAGACACACACACAUAACAUAACACCUGCAGCAUAAACAUUAAACAUUUAUUGAAAGAUAACUUUAAAAUCGUUGGCAACAAAUUGAUAAGACAUAAUUUUCAUAGCAUUAAUAAUAAAGGGGGAAAAAGAGAAAGAAAAAA